AUGAACUAUCCUAUGUACAAUAGUCUUUCAUAUUCACAAACAGUUCAACAACAAUCUUUAUAUGCUCAACAAUUUCCUAAUACUCUUUCACAACCACGAAUGCCUCAAUAUGGAAAUUAUCCAAUGUAUUCUUCCAUACAGACUCAACAGCCAUAUAUUGGAUAUAAUCAUCAAAAUCAAUCAACUACUGAAACAUUAACUACUUUUACUCGUCCACCUGAACCAUUAAUGGCUAAUCAACAUUCAUCAAAUAUAUCUCAACAAAAUCUUAAUCAUCGUUCAGGAAAUAAUCUCAAAAAUGCUACAAAUUCAACACGUAUAUAUUAUUGUGAAACAUGUCGUAUAGCAUGUGGUGGUCAUGCAUCAUAUCAAGAACAUUUAAAUGGUUCAAAACAUAAGAAAAAAGAAAUGAAUUCUUUAAAUCAACAAACAAAUCAGAAUACAUUUCGUUGUGAUUUAUGUGAUAUAACAUGUACAAGUUCUGAUGCUUAUAAAGCACAUUUAGAUGGUAGUAAACAUGAUAAAGCUGUAAAAUUACAUCUUAAAUUAGGUAAAACUAUUCCACAAAAUAUUAAUCAACCAUUAGUUUCUAUCAAUGAAUCACAAACAGUAAUAAAUAAUGAAGAAAAACAAUCAAAUGAAAAUAGUAUAAAUUUAAUAGGUUUAGAAUAUAUUGAAAUAUCAUAUGAUAAUACAAAUACACCAAGAUCUUAUUAUUGUAAAUUAUGUGAUUGUAAAUUUAAUGAUUCUAAUACAAAAGAUGCACAUUUAAAAGGAAAACGUCAUCGACUUUCUUAUAAAAAAAAAGUCAAUCCGAGUUUUCAAGUUGAUAAUAAUAAUAAUAAUAAUAAAUUAUUAAGUCCAAAACAUAAUACGAAUGAAAAUAUGAAUGAUCAACAAAUGAUUAACAAUAAUAAUAAUAAUAAUAAUCCAAUAGAUAUUGAUGAUGAAACUAAAUGUUUAAUGAAAUUACAUGAACAAAUAAUACCAACACAGAAUUUACUCAAUACAAUCGAACAAUUUGUCAGUGCUGUUGAAACAGCUCUUAAAUCUUGUUCUGAUCAACUUUGUCCUUCACAACCAUCAACAAUCGAUAAUACCUCAAAAACAUCAAUUACUAAAUCUCCAUUAUUAGGUGUAUCUCGUAUUGGUGCACUUGUAAAAAAAUUAUUAAUAAAAAGUGAUCGUUUAUUUUAUAUUGUGGUUAUUUGUGAAGAAUGGCCAACAACGAAUUUAUUUGAAAAAAUAUUUUCAAUAUUGCCUGAUAAUUUUCAUGAAACAUGGAAAAAUCAAAUUAAUAUUCAAUGUCAAAAAGCUGACGAAACUAUUCAAGUAUAUACAAAUACUAUUGAAGGACAAAUGUCUGUUUUAAUUUCAUUUACAUCAUCAUCAUCAUCUAUUCAACAACAACAACAUAGUCAGACAUCAGAAGAACUUUUAACAAAAACAAAUUGUUUAAAUGCUUUGUAUGCAAUGCAUUCAGUUCGAUGGUUUCAAAGUCGUAUUAGUACACGACAACAUGCAUCAGCAUUAAUUCGAUGUUUACGUUAUAAAACAAAAACUUCAUUAAAUUGGCAAUCAUUAUCAUCUGAAGCUAUUGAAAUUCUUAUUGAACAUACUUUAUCAAAAUCUGUAUCAGCUGUUUGUGCAUUUCGACGUGUUCUUGAAUAUCUUGCCGGUGGUUUAUUUUUAUCAAGUUUGUUUAGUUUUAUUAUUUUACUUUCAUUACUUUAUGGUCCAGGUCUACGGAUACCUUGGGAAACUGAUUCAAUAAACAAUAUUUUUGAUAAGUUGAAUGAUCAAGAACGAAAUGAUAUAACUCAUGAAGCUCAAAUUGGUUUACGUUUUAUGGCAUUUGGACAAUUGAAUAAAUGGUUUGAACAAUAUGAUAUACCAAAAGUAAUGAAAUCAUUUCAAAAACGUUCAUAUACUGAUCAUGAAAAUCAAGUUUCAGUUAAACGACAAUGUUUGGAAUCAGAGAAUAUCGAAGAACAAUAA